AUGCGGAAGAUCUCUUCGUGGGGGCUCGCCCAGUGCCUCUUCUGGGCUUGCGUAUCUGGUAUAGGAGAGCGGACUGAUUGCAAUCCCGUUUUCUUAACGACGACGGUCUUCGCUACCAAGACCAUCUAUACGUCUGCCCCGUCGAAUGUGACUAGUAGUACAAAGGUGCCAUGGACUAAUUCAACUACGACGGCGAGUUCAAGCUCAAGAAUUACAAGUAGCUGGGAUGUUCCAGUUGGAAAUGCUACUACAAGUGUUAUUAUCCCUUCGACCUCAUCGACUAUAGUUCUACCUGGAAAUACCACUACUGAUGUCAUUAUUACCCCAACUACAGCAACUACAGCAACUACAGCUCCUCCGUUUGGAUAUAGUACCUCGAGUGCUACUGUCCCCUCAACCACAACACCAUCGACCUCGGUUCCGUUUGGAAACACUACUACAAGUAUCCCCAUCCCCAUCCCCUCCACUUCUACUUCAAUCUUACCAACCACAACUCCAUUUGGGAAUACUACUACAAGUGCCACCGCCGUUCCAACUACCGUAGAUCCACCAAGCACAACUUCGGCAACCACACCACCGACAGCAACACCUACCCCCCCUUCCGGCGGGCUUCCGCCGUUGCCGCCUGGUCCCUUCAGAGGAUUCAAGAAUGGCGCCUACUUCACGAAUUGGUCAGGAAGCAUACCCCUAUACCGAACUAAAGUUAUAGCUAACGCUCAUAUCAGGGGCGUCAACUCGGGCUUCCAUCCUCAAGAGUUACCGGUCUCUGAGCUUACGCAUAUCUACUAUGCCUUCGCCGAUAUUGAAGCAGACGGAACAGUAAAGUCUUCAGACCCCGUCGUAGAUCUCCAGAAGCGCUACCCAGACGAUUCACUCUCGAAUCGUACUGCGAACGCUUAUGGCGCCGUCAAGCAGCUAUACAUCCACAAGAAGUGGAACCGUACCCUCAAGGUACUCCUGUCAAUAGGCGGAUGGAAUUUCUCACCAAAAUUCGUGACGGCGGCUGCAACAGAUGCUGCGAGGUACAAAUUUGCGACUUCUGCCGUGAAGCUCGUUACGGACUGGGGUUUCGAUGGUAUUGAUAUUGACUGGGAGUACCCCGCCAACGAUGUCGAGAAGGAUAAUUUCGUCAAGCUAGUUCAGGCUUGUAGACAGGCAUUCGAUAGAUACGCACUCCUCCACGGUGUACAGUACCGAUUCACCAUCAGCGUGGCAAGUCCCGCCAGCCCUCAAAACUACGAAAAACUGGACUUGUUCGCAAUGAACAAAUACGUAGACUCCUGGCAUCUAAUGGCCUACGACUACUCCGGAAGCUGGGACACCGUCAGCGGGCACCAAGCGAACGUAUUCUCCUACGAAAGCAGCGCCGAGUCAAAACGUCUCAGCACCGACGCCGCCGUGCAGCACUACGAAAGCCAAGGCGUCCACCCGCAGAAGAUCCUGCUCGGCCUACCCCUCUACGGGCGCGCCUUCGAGGGGACCUCCGGAUUAGGGCAGAACUACACGAGUGUGGGCCAGGGCGGCCCGCAGCCCGGGGUAUACUACUUUAAGGACCUGCCGAAGCCCGGCGCCAAGGUCGUCUAUGACGACGUGGCGAAGGCGACGUACAGCUACGACGCCGCGGCCAAGGAACUGGUUUCGUACGACGAUGUCCGGAGCACGACAUACAAGGCGCAGUACCUGAAGUGGCGCCGCCUUGGAGGGGCGUUCUUCUGGGAGGCGAGUGGUGAUAAGGGCGGUGCGCGGGGAUUGGUUAAUACGAUGUCGAAGCAUUUGGAUUGGCUUGAUGAGACGCCGAAUAACCUCCACUACCCGACGAGUCAGUAUCGGAAUAUACGGUGGGGUAUGCCUGGGGAGUAG